AUGCCAUCUAACAAAGACCGUCUCUAUGUUGCUCUCUACGCACGCGGAGGCAAUCCUACCAUGCUAGGCAAAGAAGACACAUACCACUGGGCCUUGAUCGUGGGGCCCAAAGUUGAAGCAGAGGAUGGUAUGGGGGUCCGUUACCACGCAAAGGAGAGGCUAGCAUUGACAGGGGGCUCUAAAUGGUUCUUCGAGGAGCGCGAAUGUCCACUUGCCCCUACUAGCAUGCUACUUGUUCGUAUCAUAGUUGGGAAGGUAGCGGAAAGAAAUCGCCUAGUCGAAAUUCUGCGGAACACGCCUAUUCGGCAAGGCCAACCAGGUUGGAACUGUGUCCUCUGGGUAAAGGAGGCCCUGGAAAUGCUUAAGGUUGAUACCAAGGCUCUAGGCACGAGCGUCGUUGAGUGGGAAAAAGGCAACUUUGAUAUGAAAAAGGUUCCAACAUAUGACUUGAUAGAGCGGAAGGAAAUCAUUGUCUGA